ACAAUCACGUUUCCAACAUCCCAGCAAUUAUAACACAUUUAUAAAACACCCAACUCUCACCCAUCAUCCUUACUCACCCAGAAAACACAAACACCCACCAUGUCCCCCGACCAAAUCCAACCAGUAACCAUCGUCGCCGUCCCCUUCCCCGGCCAAAGCCACCUGAACCAACUCCUUCACUUCUCACUCAUCCUCUCCAGCCGCAACCUCCCCGUCCACUUUGCCGCCCCUUCCUCCUCCAUCCACCAAGCCCAAUCGCGCCUCCACGGCUGGCCGUCCGCUUCCCUCCUCAACAUUCACUUCCACGAACUCCCUCUCCCUCCUCCCACUCCCCUUUCUCCUUCCUCUCCCCCUCACCUCGCCCACGCCCUCCGCCUCUUUGAAACCCCCCUCCUCCUCCGCCCCUCCCUCUCCUCCCUCCUCCACUCCCUCUCCCUUUCCUCCCGCCGACUAAUCCUUCUCCACGACACCUUCAUGUCUGUAGCCGCCCUCGAAGCUGCUUCCCUCUCCAAUGCCGAAUCCUACACCUUUCAAUGUGUUUCUGCUUUCCAAGCCCUCUUCGAGCUCCAGCCCAAUCUCCGACCGAAAACCCGUACAAACCCCUUUGUUGCGGCUCACUUCGAAGACUGGGUUCCGGCGCCGAUUCUCGAGCGCGUCAAGCUGCUUGAGCAUCACCGACCAGUUGAAGUUGGGAUUAUUGCGAACAGCUGCCGGCCUCUUGAUGGCGAAUUUGUAGAUCUUCUGGCCAACGAAUACUGGCCGAAGAACAUUUUUGCGGUUAGCCCUCUGCAUCUGAUUGGCCCGAAGCUAGCAGGUGGGUCGGAGAAGAGGCAUCAAUGCUUGAUGUGGCUGGAUAAGCAGCCGCCGGCUUCGGUCGUUUACGUAUCGUUCGGAUCGACCACGACGAUGAGCGGUGCACAGGUUCAACAGCUGGCUAUCGGCCUCCGGCGAAGUGGCCAGCGUUUUAUUUGGGUGAUAAGGGAGGCGGACGAAGGGGCGAUUGGGUCGGAAGGUGAGAACGGAAACGGCAGCUUGCCUGCGGGGUUCGAGGAGGAGAUGCAGGGGGUUGGAAUGUUGGUCAGGGGAUGGGCGCCGCAGGUGGAGAUAUUGGCGCACCUCUCGACGGCGGCCUUCGUGAGCCACUGCGGGUGGAACUCGACCAUGGAGAGUUUGAGCAGUGGUGUGCCGAUCAUUGCGUGGCCGAUGCAGAUCGACCAGCCCCGGAACGCCAUGGUUUUGACGGAGUACUGGAAGGUUGGGGUAAUAGUGCGAGAGUGGGAUCACCGGAAGGAGGUGGUGUCGGCAGAAAGGGUGGAGGAGGUUGUCCGGAUGGUGGUGGUGGAGGAGGAGGGGAAGGUGAUGAGGGACAGAGCGAGGAAGAUAGGGGAGGAGAUACGGAGGGCCGUAACUGAGGAUGGAACAUCGAUUGCUGAUUUGAAUGCCUUUGUUGCUCAUAUCACACGCAAUGGAUGAUGGGGAUUGCAUUCGGUUAAAUUAAGAGUGAGGUCUAAUAAUGGACUGAUUAAGUUGUUAUCUAAAAUGUAGUUUUAGUAGUUUGUAUUUCUGUUUCUUUUUUUCAUUAUUAAUGUCUAUGUUGCUGUUGUUGUUGAAAUAAUUAACAAGCAUUAUUAAUUUGUAAUAUCACAAACUUUCUCUCUAAACAAA